AUGUAUUUAUAUAAUAAAUAUUUAUUGGUCAUUAAAAGGUUUUUAUUGACUGAAAAGCCUCCAAAGGAGCUUCGGCUCUCUUUCCAGCCACCAGCACAUAAACCAAAUUAUACGACCAGGUGUAUCCUACAACAAAGGUAUUUCCACAAAUUUUUCAUUAUUGCCAAGAUUCCUUCGGUUAUGAUUCCAAGGUACCCGCUCGACUGGAGAAAUGCAGGAAGAUUCAUUUUAACGUGUGGAUUAGCUAGAAUUGAGGGUAAAAGAAUAUAUCGACACCCGCAUUCACUAAAUUAUCAAGCUUCUUCACACUGUGGUCAAAGGUGUGCAAACGUCUGCUCUCCCUCACACUACAAAUGUCUUUGCUCUAUGAGAUCUGAUGAAUCUCAUCUCCACAUCGCAAACAUUGACUCCAUGUUAAUGUCUUACAAGGGUCCUGUCACGACAUCUAAGCCUCUGUUCUCUGUUAUGAAUCAAGUAGCUAGGAAAAACGAAGCUCAAUCGCAUAAGUUAGCCAUCGACACUUCUUUACCAAAUUCAUCAAGAUCUUACAGGGUCAUUAAACGGACUUAUAGGUAUUCUUCUUUUCAGGAUCGUGACAAUAAACCCACCUCUGUUCAUCAUGAUUUGGUUAGUCAUAUUAGCCGCUUUAAUAUUUUCGAUGUCAUGUCUCCAUAA